GUCGCAAUCAGUCAUUGAACAAAACUGGACGCGCUAACAUACUCUGCCUCGUGGUUCAUUAAUUACUAAGUCGUGCACAACUCCUUCAAGAGGCAUCGAACAUCAUACAGAACGAGGAAGUGUGGAAAGUAUCAACUUUCUUCCCGUAUCGCUCCAGACCAGACGCUCCUUAUCAGCACGUUGCGGUACCGAUGAAGAAACUUUGCGUGCACCGCGCUCGUCUGUGAACUCUUGACCGAAAUUUAAUCGUUUAUAUUUUGACGUCGGUACCGAAGUAGUAUUCUGCGUUUUUCGCGAGGUGAUUUUCCGAGUUGCGGACACUGAUUGACGGGGCCGACUCAUUGAGGUUCUAAUCGCCGCGCCAGCCUGAACUUGAUCUACUGAGUUAUUAAGUGAGUACAGGGACAGUUUAGAACAUAUUGGAGCACGCAAGUGGAAGAGAUUGCAGUUCUAGAAGAAUAAUCCUCAAAAAGUGAGAUAAUUGAUGCAGAAGAACAGCUGGCAAGAUGCAUUUGGUGAACGGAACGGGACUGUUGCUACCUACGUUUAUGUUGCUGUCGAAUUAUAAGGAAGAGAGUUUGGUAACUCGAUAUCCGGAUAUGAACGAAGAGUACCGUGCGGACCCAAAUAAUCCAGCCUGCUACGGAGUCUACGGAUGCUUCCCAAUUACUCCACCCUGGACGGACGAACGCCGUCCCAUAGCUCUCUACCCGGAAUCACCGGCUAAGGUAAAUGUCCGUUUCCCGGUGUUCAAUCAGCGAACCCGAGCUUACCCAAAAUUCAUCAACCUUGACGAUCCGGACUAUCUACACGAGGUGGGAAUCAACCCAUCCGGCCGGAUCUACAUCCUUACCCAUGGAUUUCUGGAGUCGGGAAAAGCCAAAUGGAUCGAACGGAUGGUCAAUCUGCUACUGGAUCAGGACGUCGAUGGUACGGCGACAUGCAUUGUCAUCGACUGGGGAGGCGGUUCGAGCCCACCGUACAACCAGGCCAGUGCCAACGUCCGACUGGUUGGAGCGAUCGCUGCCCACAUGAUUCACUUGAUUUCUGAAGAAUUCCGCUUCAAAAACUUGGACAACGUCCACAUGAUCGGCCACUCUCUGGGGGCACAUCUUUCCGGCUACACCGGGUACUACCUGCAGAAGGACUUUAAUCUGAAACUUGGUCGCAUCACCGGAAUGGAUCCUGCCGAAUUGGCCUUCACUGAGACGAAUCCGAUCGUUCGGUUGGAUGUGACGGAUGCCAAAUUCGUAGACAUCGUGCACAGCGAUGCGACGCCAUUCGUUCCGAAGAUCGGACUGGGUUUGUACGAACCUAUUGGUCAUUUGGACUUUUAUCCAAAUGGAGGAUUCAACCAACCCGGAUGCGAUCAGUCCCUGAGGAAACGGAAAGAUGGGCUGUGGAUCUCGAACAUGUUUCAGUUCUUCAGCUGCAGCCAUGGCCGUUCGAUAGAGUUCUACAUCGAGAGUAUUCGCGACAAAUGCCCGUUCACUGCGAUCACGUGCGAAAGCUACGAGCAGUUUUUGGCAGGAGAUUGUUUCGACUGUGAUCGGGAUGGACAUAUGUGCUUCCGGUUUGGGUUCAAUAGCUACAACACCUACCGGAGUUUGAAGGAAGCAAAUCAAUUACUUGGGAAUCGGGAGAUUCAGGCUUUCUUUAUAACCGGUCCUGGGGAGCCGUAUUGUAGGACGCAUUACAAAGUGCUGAUCAAGAUUUCCGAUACGGAGGAGAGUGUUAUUCAUGGUGGCGAGAUUGGUAUAUUCCAUUUGAAUAUUUAUGGUAGCAAGGGCGAACACUCUGAUAAGAUGGCGUUCACUAAAGAUGCAGAGUUGUACGAACCCGGUCGGAACUACACUCGAGUGUUGGCUGGAACCAGUGUCGGCAAGCCCCGGAAGAUAACCCUAAGUUGGGAAUACAAUACAAGCUUCCUGAACCCUUUGACGUGGCGAAUUUUGAACUCUCCCCGGGUUUACAUCGAGUACAUCAUUCUGCAGUCCCUGGAAUAUAGAAGUAAGAUCCGUCUCUGCCCACACUACAACAAACCAGUGACGGAAAACGUGGACAGUUUGUUCACGCAGGAAAACUGCCGCCACUACCCUGUUCCAUUGGAAACAGUGAUCAGUUGAACGAGCCCCGUUGAACUUCUGCAGGUAUUAGAUGAUCUGCACACCGCAUCAAUGCAACUUCACCAGUAAUCUUAGAUUUACGCUAAUUAGAUCGACUUACUCUUUAGGAUAAUCCAUAACAGCAACAACCAUGUAUUAAUUUUAUACACGUAACAAUUGUA